AUGAAAAGAAAUAAUGAAUAUCCAGCAACAAGCAGCAGCACAGCAGAACUCACUCAAAAUCAGAUCGAUCGAUUGAGAUCUGUUCUCAGCGAGAAAGUGGAAAUUCAUGGACGUGGCAACUUUCCAACAAUAUCAACUCCUUUGAUUAGCAUAGUCAAACAUCUGAAGCAUAGAUUAUGUCUUGCAGGAGUAUCGCCUUUGCAUGUCAAAGUAAAUGGUGGGGCAGCUUCGUAUGUUGUCUCGCAGCACGAUUUCACAUUUUCCGACUUAGAUCUUAUUUUUGAUAUGAAAUCUUCAACACAAGGCAGUUUUGAUCAGGUUCGUUCAGCGGUGUUUGCUACAAUAGCUGAUUUGAUGCCCGGAACGGCAAAUAAGGCAAAAAUAGAUGUUGACAUUUUGAAGGAUGUUUAUAUGCGCAAAAUGGUGAAGGUUUGUAAUGAUGACGAUCGCUGGUCGCUCUUUUCACUGAACAACGAUUUUGGAAGAUGUAUCGAAUUGAAAUUUGUUGAGCGAAUGAAGAGACAGUUUGAAUUCUCUGUCGACAGCUUUCAAAUAACUCUUGACACUUUAAUUGAUCAUUUUGAUGAUUUAAAAGCUGUGCCAGUUAAUGUUGAAAGCAAGUAUGGUGAUAUUCGUCAGGCUUUAACUCAUUUACAUGAGAGACUGAUUGAUACACGACGACCCGAAGAGAUUCGAGGAGGUGGAUUAUUGAAAUAUUGUCAUUUACUUCUUCGCGGAUAUCGUGCAGCUCAUCCAAAUAAGUGUUGCCAAUUGGAAAAAUACAUGUGUUCACGCUUUUUCAUUGAUUUUCCUGAUGUUUCUGCACAGGAACAGAAGUUACGCAACUAUUUAGACAAUCAUUUCGGCAGCCACGAUCCAUGGGCAAGCAGUGGCGAUGACAGUGAUUCUGAAGCAUCCACGUCACUAACACAGUCAUCAUUAUUGGCUGUUGGACAGAAUAAAUAUGAUUUCCUUAUGCUUCUACAUAGAAUCAUCCAAGAAUCAACCGUUUGUCUCAUGGUGCUUGAUCGUCGCAUGACUCUGGGCAUGAUUGAUCAAUUGGCUUUUCAAGUAUCAUUGAAUGCUUUGGGAGGACCAGCAAUGGAAGGUCAUACACCAAAAUCAACACUUGUAUAUUUACCUCGUAAUACCUGUCAAUGGAUAGCAGUUCCUGUAGUCUGA